CGCCGCCGCGGGCUCGGCCAUGGCGGAUCUGCCCGGAGCCCGGGCGGGCUUCGGCCCCGCGCCGCUGCCGCAGACGGGCUGGGAGCGGCUCCGCGAGCUCUGGCGGCGAGACGAGCGGCAGCAGUUGCCGGAGGAGACGGUGAACAUCGCCAAGGCGGCGUUCACGGCGGGCGUGGUGGGCUGGCUGUACGGGGGGCUGCCCGCCUUCGUCAGCGCCCGCAAGGCCUUCAUCGAGAGCAGCCACGGCGAGAUGUUCCAGAACCGCGCCGAUGCCGUGCAAUCUGCACACCGCGCUGGUCUCCGCAGCUUCAUCCGCUACGGCUGGCGCUGGAGCUGGAGGGUCGCGGCUUUCGCCACCAUGUUCAACGUGGUGAGCACGGGCCUGUCUGCGUACCGCGAUAAAACCACCAUCAGUAAUUUUGCUGCAGCAGGAGGCUUCACAGGAGCCCUGUUCAGGAUGCACUUGGGCCUGCAGGGCCUGGUGGGUGGCAUCGUGUUUGGAACAGCAUUUGGGGUUCCUGCAGGAGGCCUCCUCAUGGCCAUGUAUGGCUUGGCUGGUGAGACCUUGCAGGAGAAGAGGAGUCGUGAGCGCAGGGAGCUGCAUGAGCAGAAGCUGGCAGAGUGGCAAUCCAGGCUCAGUAUGACUGAAAUCUUAGGCCAAACAGAAAGCAAUGCCCAGGGAAGACCAGAGAUGGAGAGAGCAAGAGAAUUGAAGAGCUACUGAGUCUUCCCCAGAUUUCAGUUGUAAGAAUUUCUUCCAUGCCUGGUCUGGAAAUUGGCUGAACCAAAUAGCACCACCUGACUCAGCAAAUCUACACCCUGUGCAUAUUAUGGAAGUGGGACUAAAAGGGAAAUUCCAGUUAAUCUGGCCGUGUGCCACGCUGUUUGCAGGUGAUUGCAUUCUACCACAUGGGUAUGCUUUUUACAUCUGCUUAAAAGCAACUCAGUUCCUAUAUAAAAGGCUAUUUCAGAGUGCUCCAGGAUCUUGCUAAUUUAAUGGUAAGGAACCUUUUAAUUUCCAGCCUAUAAUUGUUGAGAGCCAAACCUUCCGAUUCCAGUUCAUUUUCUCCUAUAAUUAGAAGUUCAUUAUACAUGCAGCUAACAGCUCUGAUCAACUGUGAUUUUCUUGGUUUCAGCCUGCUUGUUGCUUUCCUGUUGAUACAGCCCCAGGGAACAGCAGGGGAGAAGAACUGGCACUGGUGUCAUAAGGGCACAGAGGUGGAAAAUGAGGAGGUGCACAGGAGGACCCAGACUCACUGCCUUCCAGAAGCUUCCUUUCUUUGUGAUAAAACACUAAAAGGAAAUUAGCCCAGCUUGACUCAAUGGUCACGUUGGUUUUUGAAGGGAUGUGGUUGAUGUGGAGGGGAAAAGAAAAAUAGUAGAGUGCUCCACACAUCUGACUGGGGAGUGAAUUUGUCUAAAAUUGAAGUAGAGGUUUCAGAAGACACAAGCAAGGCAAACUUACAGGUGGCUGUAAGUGGGCUGAGUCCUUGCUGCCCAGAAAAUGACCUUUUCCAAAGGGCAGUACCACAGGCAGGUGGUGUAAGUGGCCUGAACAUAGAGCCCUCAGUGUGAGAUUCUUGUCCCCAGAUGUGGCUCCCCCAGUGACCUGACAGACAUCAGCUGGGUGUUAUUUAUCCUCAUGUGUUGUAAGGCCUGCUGUCAUUUUCCAGGACUGCUCUACAAAGCUGCUCACAGGAUGUGGAUGAGGCACCUACUGCUGUUGACUUUCAAUCCUACCUGCCUUCAUGAAUCUAUUAAAUGCCUGCCCACAUCUUUUGGGGACUUUCUGGCAAGGUCAGCUUAGACAUGAUUAGGAGCAACAGCUGACAGAUAGGAUUUUUCUGAGGAUAAAAAAGUAAAUUACUCAGCUGUCCACUAACCCUGAGAUAUUUGAGGUCCCCUUUGCCACUGAAAAACUCUUGGAGACUUCUCUGGAGUUACUGAAGACUUCAUAAGAUGGGACCAGACACUUUACCUGUGCCAUUUUUGGCCAUACAAAGAAUACAAAUCUAAGUCUCCUGGUUGGUGUUCUCAUAAAAGUAGGACAUUGCUCUGCUGAAGUCUUUCCUGUGGCUCUAACACUAGGUGUUUUUGUUACUUUGGCUCAGUGACUUUCUGAGGAAUUAAGUAGGGUGUGGAGCAAUAUCCAAUUUUGAAGCUCUCAUUGCUCAGCUUGUGUCUAUCAUGAUCACCAAGAUUCUUGGCAUCUUAAAGCAUCUUAAUACAUAAAAAUGAACCUUUGUGAACUUCUUCAUUAUCCCUGAUUUUGGAAAUAUUUUGAUCUGCUGUCAAAACUCCCUGUCACCUCUUCACUCUCAAACCUGAACUCAAAUGUUGCCUGCACACAAAAUGUAGGAAAAUCAUAAGCUAGACUUAGAUUUUGUGACAGUGGAUGCUAAAAGGAAAAAAAAAAAGAAAAUUAGAAAAACGAGAAGGUGAUACAGAAAUACCUAGUGUGACAGUAAAGUUUCUAUAAAUGUGUAUCUUACAUAGAAACUCCAUGAGCACUAGCAGACACCUUGAAAAAGAAGCUGCACUUACCAUGCCUUGGGAGGUAUCUUGCUGCCAGGGUGAUAGCCACAAUGAAGAUGAUAACGAUGAUAAUUGAAGCAGUAAUGACAUUAUAAGAUGGAUGUACAGGAGGAACAAUGCAGUUGUUUGUUUUUUCUGAGACAGGAGAAAUAAAACAUAAAUAAAUGGCCCAACAGGAUAUUGGCAUU